UGUAUAAAUGGCUGCAUUUGGGUCAACAUCGGCAUAAAUUUGGGAGCUUUUUUGGCAAAAGUGGAAAAAAUUAGGGAAUAAUUUUUUGUUAAUUGUCUUAAAAUGACGAGCGGUGGGAGGUGGCUGAUUUUUGGUGGUUUGUUUUUGGUGGUUUUUGCCGUUUCGGGUAAAAAUGUUCCUGUGGGCGGAGAAUCGCCAAGAUUAUCGGCAUUCCAGGAAAGUACAAAAACGAUCGGCAUCCUUGCUGCCCCCCAGGAAUCCAAAGUGACCAUCACCGUCGGUGAGAAGACGGGAUUCGCCUACACGCUAAACGGCUAUACCCAAUCGCCCUACAAAAUCGCCGUGUCGGGCGAAUACUUCAACGACCCGGUCGCCCACGACGGGUACGUCCGCCUCUACCUCGUCGUCGACACGGGCAUCGCGUACUACUCGCUCCGUCCGAGCGGCAACAUUCUCGACGUCUACGUCCAAAACGGGUAUCGGGCCGAGUUCUACUUUGAAAUCUUGUGUCCCUAUCCGGUCCGCGCGUAUGAUUUGUGGGAAGGACAAAUCAACGCGACCGCCGUGCUGGUCACGGGACCCUCGAGUUCCGCGGUGCGACGAAGUGGGGUGAGAAGCUCGAUAGAUUUUGUGAACUUGGGGGGCAAGGGGGACGUGGUGGAGGACGUUAAGGAGACGAUUUGAGUUGGCAUGGCAACGAAUUCGUUUAAAAUCGGAAUUAUUUAUGUAUUUAAUUGGAUUUGAGUUGUCAUGGCGACGAAUUGGACGUCGUGUUCGUAAAGGGUGCGAUUUAGUUUAAAACUUUAAUUAUGCAUUUAUUUAUUUAUUUAAAUGGAUUUGAGUCGUCAUGGCAACGAAUUGGUUUAAAAUCUGAAUUAUUUAUGUAUUUAAUUGAAUUUGAGUUGUCAUGGCGACGAAUUGGACGUCGUGCUCGUAAUUUAGCUUAAAAUUUGAAUUAUGCAUUUAUUUAUUUAAAUGGAUUUGAGUCGUCAUGGCAGCGAAUUAAAUAAAUCAAGGUCAUCCCCGUAAAGGGUGCGAUUUAGUGUAAAAUUUAAAUUAUUUAUUUAUUUGAACCUUGAAUAAAUCAAUCCAGUUGGAAUGGCAA